GUCUAUGUUCCUGAUGUAUUUCUUAUAUUCCUCAUAUUCUUGGUAAAAAUGAUGUGUAUUUGAUAAAAACAAUAUCGUACCGACUUAUUCGAUUACCUAGUAUGUAGAUUGAUGUUAUUGAAAAAUCCCCUUGUACGAUAAAGAUACAUCCAUAUCCAUUGACGCGCAUCUAACUAUUGGACCGGCUUAAUGUUGAAGAAAAGUUCUUGUAUACACAUUUGGCUGAACUUGUCAGGAGAACAAGUACUUAGUUCGCCCAGCAGUAGGGUAGCUGAUACAGUCGGCGUCGACAUAAUGACCUGUAAUAAAAGCGAGCUCGUAAUGAAAGCCCCGGAAUCGUCUAUCCUCUUACAAUUACGAAGAAAUCAACUUGCAACGUGGAAAAACGAAAAAAAUAAGUUUGUACCCAUACGACCUUGGUAGCCAUCAAGAAGAGGCUCGCAUCAAUAAGAG